UAUUGUUUUGAGUUGUUUUAUCUUUAUUUAAACAACAAGUUGUUUCGAUUGCUACGAUAGAUAUUUAUACACAUACACACAACAACCAUUCAUUGAAAUUUCAUAAUUUGCUGACUAACUUAACUAAUGACGACCACGGUUACAAAUAAUUCAAAUCCGAUAAGAUUACCUUCCAUUAAGGAAUUGACUGGGUCUUCGCCUAUUGGGGGAACAUUGCCCUUGCCAUUGCCAUUAACUUCAAAUGACAAUGGAAUAAUGUCUCCUCCAAAUGGGACUUCUGGUACCACUGCAUAUUCUCCUAACAACACUAACUAUACUUCUUCUCACCCUAUCUCAGUAGUUUACCAAAAGGUAAAUUCACCAUCAUUGAAUGGACUGGCACCAAUGAACUUGCAUUCUGUUUCAUAUGAUGGAACAACUCCUCAACUACAACCACAACCAAUGCCAACAUUUUACUACCCUCCUCCACAACAACAGCCACAACCACCACAACAACAGAUUUACUACUAUGUCCAGCAGGCUAACCAAGGUUUACAACCUAAUCCCCAACAAAUGGCUGCUGCUCCACAUUUCUACACUUUACCUGAAGUUGUUUCCAAACCUGUACAUAGAUGUCACAGAUGUGGAACCACAGAAACUCCUGAAUGGAGAAGAGGUCCAAGAGGAGCAAGAACUCUUUGUAACGCUUGUGGGUUGGUGCAUACUAAGUUGGUCAAGAAGAAAGGUGCUGCUUUGGCUGCUGAAGAAGUAUUAAACAAUAAGGUAUUAAGAGGUAAGAACGGUAGAAGAAUAAGCAUAAAGAAGUAUCUUAUGAAUGAAAGUCAAAAGCAAGCUAAGGCAAAGGGUGGUGAGAAUGUCUUUGGUAACAUAUCCUUACCUUCUGUAGUAUUGGGAAACAUACCCCCACAACAACUUCCCAUGAUGGUUGGUAAUAUCCCAAUUGAUCAAAGAAUCUCGUUACCACCACCACACACUUUAUCUAACACACCUACAUAUUAUCACCCAUGCUAGUUUUAAUGUAAAUGCUGCUCCCUGUUAUUCUUGCUACGGGGGGAAGCUUGAUGCUGCAAUAUUUAAUCGAAACAGCAAAAAAUAGUUAUUCGAUUCUUAUUUAGUUCUAGAUUG